CUGUUACAAGCUCAGGUGUUACCCGCAAAAACAAGGUAUGAAAGCAAUGAAAGUAGCGCAGCCGCGCUAGUGGCUACCUACAGGUGAGAAAGUAGAUGUCACAUGAUCAGAGGUUCGACGUCCAGUUGAGACGGCGGGACUCGGGAGUCAGACCAGACAGACAGACAAACUGCGGCUGUAGCAACUGUAGGCUACAUGUACAUGACAGAAUAGAUAGACAGAACAACAACGAGCUGGCAUGUAGUUCAUGGAAUGAAUAUCUUUAUCAUGAAGUCAAGCGGUGGAUUAUCAAUUGAAGAAAAGAUUACUGUUUUGUCUUGGAUCUACAUCUCGACCUUGAGUUUAAGUCUGAUAGGUAGUUGUUCUGUGGUGGUGGUGUCCAUUAUAAAGAGAAGGCAUCUCAAUGAACAGACUAAGCCUCUUCUUCAACUGGCCCUGGCAGAUUUCCUGGCGUCGCUUGUUUUGAUGUGCACUGCCAUAAUUAAUUUGCCUUAUGAAAUUUGGACACUCAGUGAAAAGCUGUGCAACAACGGAUUGCCUUUGUCUCUGGCCUUCUACUGCGUCUCGUUUCUGCUUGUCAUUGUUUAUGCCUGUGAGUCAGCACUUGCAUUUCAAGGAUGGAGAGAAAAGGCAGAGCAAGAAGCAUUUGAAAUCCAGUUAUCACGCAGGAGGAGGAGGUUUUGUCUUGUCUAUGUAAUUGCAUGGCUUGCACCAAUAAUUGGAUACCUCGUCUAUAUUAAUACCUUCAGAGUUAUGGAAGCUACACUCGUGCCAGCAAGUGAACCAGCCCACAUGCCUAAUAUGACACACGUCAGCAGGGGCCCCUCUGCCAGGUUCUGUGGCAGCUGCAUUCUCUUCCUGCAUCUCAAACAAACUGCAAACGACUCCUGCACAAAAGUGGAUCAUGAUCAUGCCGAGUUCAUUUCUGUUUUCACUCUCAGCAGUGUGUUGAUCGUCAUCGUCAGCUGCACAGUGGUGUACUGUAGGUUACAAAGCUGUUAUAGGCAUUAUGAGAACACAAGCAUGUUCACAAUGUCACAGAGACAUCCAGGUGGGAUUUGGUCCUCGGCUCGAUACAUGAUCCUUGUUAUCAUUUUCUGCUGGGCACCAGCUCUGGUUCUCAUCUGUCUGUCCUUUGUACAAUCUCCGAUAAAACAUAUAUUCCCCCUCUAUGUUAUACAGGCGCUGUCUGUGUCACUCCAGGGUUUUCUGAACAGUAUUGUGUAUGCGUGGAGACGACGCAAUUUCAGAGAUGCUGUGCUGGGGGAGCGUCUGCCUCUCAUGGCCUAUUCAAACAGAGCCUUCUUUGAACAAUCAUUAAAUGAGCCAUCAUGAAAUCGCAGUAUGAAAUCAUGUAAAUGUUAGUGUGUUUCCACAUAGGAGUACAUAUAUUUGUUUAAAUGUUUUCUAUUUAUUUUUUAUAUUUGUGAUACCUGUUGAUAGGCAAUUGUACUGCUGUCUGCAUAACAGUAUAAACCAUACUUUAAAUGUUUAAAACAAUAAAAAAAAAGCCGAGCUCGAAAAAGACAAAUUAUUAGUUAAUUAUUUUCAAACCAUACUUUAUUUAUGAAAGUGAUAUUAUAUGGAAAGUGUAUUUCUGAUAUAUCAGAAGUUGAACUGCAGUUUUGUUCAAUAAAUGUCUGCUUAGCCAUGUGC